GCCCCGCCGCCGGCCGUCGGCGGCGCCGCGCCGGUCCGGCUCACCCCUAAGGAACAGGAGGAGAUCCGCCAGUUGCAGAGGGCCGACCAGCUGUUUGACAAGCAGUUCAAGUCCUGGGAAGAGCAGUUCAACAACUGGAAGGAAGAGAACAGGGGACAUGCGGACAAGUCCCAGCUAAAGGACUACGAGGAGGAGAUGCUGCAGAUGAAGAACAAGCUGCUGCAGCGGCGUGACCACCUGCGCCGCCGGCUGGCGCAGAAGCUGGCCAAGGCGCGCGGCGAGACGCCGCCACCCGACCUGCCGGCCCCGGAGCCGGGCUGGCCCCGCCGGCCAGUUGGCGAGAGGACGCCGAGCUCUGUCGGCACGCCGGACGAGCCCGGCUCGCGCGGCCGGCCUGGCGACGACUACGGCUCCGGCUACGGUGCGGACUACGGCGGCCGCGAGGACGGCGGCGACGGCUUUGGCAGGGGUGGCUACGAAGAAGCCAGCGAAGACUACGGCCCGCGUCGUGGCGGCUACGGCGCACGCGGCCGCGGACGUGGCGAGCCCCCGUCCGGCUACGGCGGUGGGUACGGCCGUGACCGGGGCGGCUACACCGGCGGCGGCGGCGGCUACAACGGCGACGACCCGUACGACCCGACAGAGAUGGAAGGCGGAGAGGGCGGCGAGGAAGCAUGGGCUGGCUACGGACAGAGCUACGAUGAGUGGGACGAAUAUGCAGACCAGGGAGGUCACGGCCAGGAGCAGGGCGGGGAUGACUGGCAGGAGGCGGGUUACGCGGCACGGCAGCAUGGCGGCUACCGGUACGGACGCGCCAGCGGCGGCCACCGCGGGGACGAUUCACACGCGGUCAUCGACUACGGCCACCAGAACGCCCUGGAAGUCGUCUCAAAGUUCGAAGAGGUGACUCAACGGGCCACGCCGCCGGAGGAGCACGGCUGGGAGCCGGAGUACCCGACGGUCAGCAUCGCCGACCUGCUGCGGCCGCCCGGCCGGCUGACGCGGCCCACUAACCUGGUGAUCGUGCUACGCGGCCCGCCCGGCUCCGGAAAAACAUACACGGCCAAGCUGAUCAAGGACCAGGAGGUGGCCAACAAGGGCAGUGCCCCUCGCAUCCUCUCGCUGGACGACUACUUCUGCACGGAGAAGGAGAAGGCUGUCAGGGACCCGGUCACAGGGAGGUCCGUCACCAAGAAGAUCAGUUACGCGAACUGUAGCUGA